AGUGCUUGCCGGCCAAUCAGAAUAAUAGUGCAACCGUAAUCAGAGCCGUCGAUUCCUUAUCUCCUUCCGGGUCAAAUUGCCCGCAGAUGGCGGUCGCGACGCUUUCCCUCCAAUCUCUGUGCUGUGCCUAUGGACGCCAUCGCAAUUCGAGCUUCGCCGACCCUAUUCACCGCCAAAACCCACAGAUCCCUCUCCCUCUCUUCACUCUCUCUCUCUAGAAACCAAUUAACAUUCAAGGUGCAGGGCAAAGGGCGAGGAGACGACGUCGUAUUCAACUCCGCAGCUUACGAGGCCGAGAGGCUCCGACUCGACGACGAGGCCCGGCGGUCCAUGGCCGAGACGUCAGCGAAAGCGAGAGAGGUCGCAAACGGGGACGACCCGGACCCGAACCCGAACCAAAGUGUUUGGAAGUGGGCGAUCCGGAACCGGGUUUGGGACGCUAUGGAGGCCCGGAACAUUGCCCAGUUCCCUCGGCCUGUCCACCACCGCAUUCCCAACUUCGUUGGUGCCUCGGUCGCUGCUGAUAAGUUGAGUGGGUUGGAGGUGUUCCGGGAGGCCAAGUGCGUGAAGGUGAACCCGGAUUCGCCGCAGAAGCAAGUCAGAUUCCUCACACUAAACGGUGGGAAGAAGUUAUUAACCCCUCAACCGCGUCUAAGGACAGGGUUUUUCUCUGUACUUGAAUCCAGUAUGUUAUCUCCUAUUACCAUCAAUGAGGCAUGCACCUCAGUUGGUGUUGCCAAGUAUGGAAGACCAAUUGGAUUGGAUGAAAAGAUAAAGGUAGAUAUAAUUGUCAUUGGCUCAGUGGCUGUUGACCCAAAGACGGGUGCUCGACUUGGCAAGGGUGAGGGAUUUGCAGAAUUGGAGUAUGGAAUGCUGAGGUACAUGGGUGCUAUUGAUGACCUGACACCAGUUGUCACAUCUGUGCAUGACGAACAACUGGUAGAUGAUAUUCCAGUUGAGAAUCUAUUAAUCCAUGACGUACCAGUUGACAUCAUCUGCACUCCAACACAAGUAAUCUUCACCAACACAUCGAUUCCAAAGCCUCAAGGAAUUUAUUGGGACAAAUUGUCGCCGGAGAAACUGGGCCAAAUUCGAAUACUCCGAGAGCUGAAGAACAAAGUUGAAAGGGAAACUGGACAGAAGCUUCCUUGUGGCCCGCCGGAGAAACUCCCCCCUGUUGCUCAACGCCGGUCCUAGAUUUUGUUCUUUUCCUGAAGGAGAAGUAGUUGGACAAGUUGGUAGUUUUGAAUUUCAUGUGUGUGCCACUAUAGUUUGUAACCGAGUGAUAAGAGGAGAUAACACUCACGAGCUCAAAAUUCUUAGUUCGAAUUUUAGGAGUCUCAACCAUUCUGAAAUUAGAUUUUUAGUGUAUAAUUCUACUUAUCGAGAAAAUGAAUUUCAUGUAUAUUUGAUUAAAACAAAGAGUAGAAGAAAAUGUGAGCUGAUUUUUAGUGA